CAAUACAACAACAACUACAACAACAUCAGCUGCACAGACAACAACUAAGUAAAAGCAUGAUGUACAUUCCAAUUGUUAAGCUGUCAAGUGAAUGGAAGAGCCAUAAGGAAAUGUCCACGCGAAACGAUUUUCAGCUAAUAGCCACGGGCAGCUCAAUCAAAUAAAUGUUCAAUCGAUAACAUUUUCGAGAUAUCAACGAAAAAAACGAACUGCAAAUAGAAUUAAUCUGACAAGACUAGAAAACGAAAAACAAAAAAAACUUGCCUGGAGCCACAGGUAACUUUUUUUUCUUUCACUGUGACGCUGUGCGCGAAAAGCCGUCAAAAUUACGACGUAUCACCCACCCACGCCCAAAGUCAAACAGAACCCGGCCAACAUGGACAGCACGUCCGGGCCGGGUGCGUUUGACGAUGAGCCGCCGCCGGAGCCACGGGAUGGCUGGCUACUGGUGCGCAUCCAUGUGCCGGAGCUGAAUGUCUACAAGUGUCUGCAGUUCCCAUCGGAGCGACUCGUCUGGGAUGUCAAGCAGCAGGUGUUGGCCUCUUUACCGAAGGAGCUGAAGGAGAGCUUCAACUAUGGCCUCUUUGCACCACCCUCGAAUGGGAAAGCGGGCAAGUUUCUGGACGAGGAGCGGCGCUUGGGCGACUAUCCAUUCAAUGGACCCGUCGGCUACCUUGAGCUCAAGUACAAGCGUCGCGUGUAUAAAAUGCUCACACUGGAUGAGCGCCAGCUGAAGGCGCUGCACACGCGCGCCAACCUGCGUCGCUUCUUGGACUGCAUCAAUGGGGGCCAUGUGGAGAAGAUAGCCAAGAUGUGUGCCAAGGGCCUGGAUCCAAAUUUUCACUGCUCGGAAAGCGGCGAGACGCCGCUCUCRGUGGCCACCGGUGCCAAGAAGCCCAACAAGCUGCUCAUUGCUCUGGUCAAUGGCGGUGCUCUGCUGGACUACCGCACCAAGGAUGGCACCACAGCGCUCCAUCGAGCUGUCGAACACGAUUCGCUCGAGGCGGUCAGCACGCUCCUGGAGCUUGGCGCCUCGCCCAAUUAUCGUGACGGGCGUGGCAUAACGCCCCUUUACAUUUCAAUAACACGUAAAUGCGACGCAAAGAUUACGGAGAGCCUGCUGCAUGACCACGCCACGCUGGGCAUACAGGACAGCCAGGGCUGGAACGAGGUGCACCAGGCCUGUCGGCACGGCCUAGUGCAGCACUUGGAGCACUUGUUGUUCUACGGUGCUGACAUGGAUGGACGCAAUGCGUCCGGUAACAGCCCGUUGCAUGUUUGCGCUGUUAACAACCAAGAGGCUUGUGCUAGAAUGCUUCUCUUUCGCGGCGCACAACGCGGUGCCCAGAACUUUGCCAACCAAACUCCCUAUCAGGUUGCGGUCAUCGCUGGCAACUUGGAACUAGCUGAGAUCAUUGAGAACUACAAGUCGGAGGAUAUAGUACCCUUCCGGGGACCGCCACGCUACAAUCCGAAGCGCCGUUCGGGCAUCGGUUGGCUGAGCGCCAAUGGGGCCGCUGGCGCUGCGCUGCUGGCAGCGGCUGCCGGUGGGCUCGGUGGUGCAGGCGCUGUGCCGGGGCCGGGUGGCCAGCAGCCGGUGUGUGUGAAUGGCGGCAAUGGGGCGAUGGGCACGCUUACGCGACGUGAGCUGCAGCAGCUGCAGCCGCCACACCACCAUCUGACCCAUCCGAACCACCAACAGCCCCACAGCCAUCAGCACGUGCAGCAGCACUUGCACCACCAGCACCAGCACCAGCAGCCGCAUCUGCAGCUGCACGGCCCGCCCUCGCCCUGUCCAUCGGAGCACAUGCUGGGCGCCUACAGCUCGGCCAGCUCGAGUCUAUCCGAGGGCUCGUCGGGACAUCGCUCGCACGAAGACGACAUCAGCAUUGUGACAGAUAAGUCACUGGGAGACACCAGCGACAUCAUCAGCGACUCGUCGGGCGUGGGCACCAACUCGGACUCGGCCGCCUGCUCCAUUGGACAUCCCAGCACCACGGUGGUGUGCAUGGAGCCCUAUGCGGGCAACACGGUGGGUCACAUACGCCUCCAGCCGGGCGACGUGAUCGAGGUGGUGGGUAGCACCGAUUGCGGCCUCCUCGAGGGCUAUGUGCGCGGCACCAAUCAGUCGGGUUUCUUCCCCGCCGAUUGCGUCCAGGAGGUGAAUCUGCGCCAGAAGCACAUCACCAACGUGAUGACCGCCAGCACGGGCAUGGCCCCCCAGCAACACCAACACCAACAGCAGCAGCAACAUCAGGUGCUGCAGGCACAACAGGUGCAGGCAGGCUCCUACCAGGGCUCCCCACAGCUCAGCCUGGGCGGCCACUCCGGCAGCUCCAGUACGCUGCUCCAGCAGCCGCAUCAGUCGCCCUCGCUCUCCAUGACCAGCAACGGCUCCUGCCAGCAGCAGCAGCAGGGGCAGCAGCAGCCCGAGGACAUGGUCAACAAUUCGAUUGGACAGUACAGCAGCGCCACAGCACCACGAAUCAAGAAGAGCGCCUACAACGCGCCUCGCUCAGUUGUGUUGCACCGGGCUAAGCGUGGCUUCGGCUUCAUUUUGCGCGGCGCUAAGGCUAGCUCUCAGCUGAUGCAACUGCGUCCGUCGGAGCGCUUCCCGGCGCUCCAGUACUUGGACGACGUGGAUCCGGGCGGUGUGGCCGACAUGGCGGGACUGCGGCCCGGGGACUUUCUGCUCACCAUCAACGGGGAGGAUGUGAGCGCCGCUUCGCAUGAGCAGGUCGUCGAGAUGAUACGCUCCGCCGGCGCCCUGGUCAACAUGACCGUCGUCUCGCCCCAGUUUCCGCUUCAGAUGCAGGCCAGCGCCCAGUACUUGCCCAGCGGGGCCCGCGCCGGCAGCCAGCAUCUGUCCAGCGGACCCAGCACGCCGCAGAGCGCACAUCGCCAGUGCGCUACGCUGCCUCGCAAGAUGUCCAUGGGCCCUGGCAGCCAUGCCGGCGGCAGCGGCUCGGCCGGCGGAGGCAGUGUUCGCAUGGCGCCGAUGCCACCACGCCGCGAUCCAAAGACUACGCUGAGCGUGGGUAGGGCCAGGGCCAAGUCGAUGGUGGCGGGCCUGGAGAACGGAGGCGAGAAGGAGCAGGAGGAGCAGGUGCCGCAUGCCAAGUCCAAUUCGGUUGAGUCGAUCGCCACGCCCACGCCCACACAUCCGGGCACGCCGGUGCAGCUGCGCACGGCCAGCAUCAAGGCGCGCCCCACAUCGAGUCGCAUCACCGCCGCGGAGCUGGAGGAGCUCUUCCAGCGGCAACAGGGAGAGGGCGGGGCCAGCAGUGCCAGUCGUUACGCUACCAUGAUGACCAGCUCGCGCUUCCAGUCGGGCACGGACAGUGGUGCUGCCACGCCUCCCGGCGCCAACGGGUCGCCAAUGCGCACAGGCCCACAGGUCUACGGCAGCGUGGCUGAGAUGAAGCGCCAGAAGACGGCGCGAACCAAGCACGGCAGCGGCACACUGCGUGGCAAGCCCGUGGCCACACCCACCGUGGGCGGGGCGGUCGCUGGCAGUGGUCGGGAUCUGAAGCGCUUUCACUCAACGCCCGAUCUGCACGGACCGCAGCUGCACGGCUCGGCCUCGUCCAUCUGGCAGGCCGCAGGCAAAGGACAUCACUCGCAGGACGACGUGGCCACGUUGCACGCCUCACUGCAGCGCCUCAACACGACGGGCGACAAGGAGAGCAAAGGUGCGGCGGGCGCAGCUGGUGCCGUGCUACCGCCACCCAACCACCCACCACCACCACCUCCAGUGGGCCAGGUGGUGAAGGURGAGACGCGCAGCAGUGUCUCGGAGUACGAGAGCACAAUAUCGCUGCAGCAGAAGCUGAAGAAGCGUGCGGAGAACGACGCAGUCACCUCUGCGGCCAUCGACGGCGUCCAGAGCAGCUUCAAUCCAUCGGCCAAUGCCAAGAUCUACGCCUCGCCGCAGGAGCUGCGCAACGUGAUGGCCUGGAAGCUGCGGCAGGCGCAGGAGAAAACCCAGCAGGAACCACAGCCACAGUCACAGCAGCAACAGCAGCAGCAACAACAGCAGCAACAUGUCAGUCAGUAUGCAGCACCAACACAGCUGCGUCCACAGGCUCCUGCUCCAGUGGGCUCUCACUAUGCAGCGCCACAGGUGCAGCAGCAGCCGACAGCAGCAGCGGCUGCACCACAAUCGCCACCUGCACCACCACCGCCGCCAGCAGCAGCACAACAACAGCAGCAGCAGCAACAUUCAAAUGGCACUGCAAGUGCGUCAGCAACUGUUGCUGGUCCAGCACCGCCCAUACCCGAGCCGGACUACAGCUGCAGCGAGUCGGACGGCGAGGAUGAGAACUCGAUUCUGGUGGCCCGCAACACGAAGCUCAAUGAGAAAAUUGCGCUGUUCGACGUGCCGGAGACCAGUGGCAACAGCCAGGGCAGCGGCAGCAGCUCUGCCUCUGGCUCAGGUGCCUCCAUUUCGCACUCGCUGUCCGUGGAGGAGAUACAGCGCAUUCGGAGCAAUCUGAAGACCUCCAAGUCCUCGCCCAAUGGCUUYCUCAAGAAGGAAGAGGAGCAGCAGCAGCAGCAGCCCCAGCAGCAACAAUUGCUGCCACAGCCUGCUGCUGGCGAGGAUGAGUGCGACAACAGCAGCUCGGGUGUCAGCAGCGACCAGGAGUUGCUCGCCACUUGCGCUGCCAAGCCCACGGAUACCAUCAAGAAGAAGCCGAGCGUGACUAUCGUGGAGGAGCCGAAGACCAUACCGGAUCCACCAGUCAAACCCAUGGCCAAGACGACCAUCAGUAUUGGAGCAGCACCAGCAGCAGCGCCAGCAACAACUACUCUGACAGUUAAGCAGCUGGUGCAGCAGCAACAUGCGCCGGUUAUACAACAGCAGCAGCAGCAACUUAGCGGCGCUAAGCCAGCAGCAAUGGUUGCCACCAAGCUGCCAGGCAGCACCACUCAAAUCAAGUCGAAUCAGCCCGUGCUCAGUCCUCAGGUGCUCGGUCGCAUACCCAAUGUGCACCACCAGCAGCAACAGCAGCAGCAGCUGCUGCAGCAACACCAAGCGAAUCCCAACAUAAAGCUGAUUGCCACACAGCAGCAGAUACUGCAGCAGCAGCAACAGCAACUGGCGCACCAGCAACACUUGCAGCAGAUACUCAAAGCCAAAGCAGCGGCCGCUGGUGCCGCCAGCACCGCCGCCCUGGUGGCCAAGCAGCAGCAGCAGCUACACAAGGGCCACGACUCGGAGCUGGAGCAGCGAUCCGAUCUCGAUGACGACGAUGGCGAAUUGAGUCCCUCGCCGCCGGCCAAGGCAUUCCAGCGGCACAACUCCCUGACGCGCAAGCAGGCGGCGGCCAUUGCCAUGCAGCGGGGCGCCACACGCACCACAGCCGUAUCUUUGGUACAGCUGCCUCCCCCUCUCGAGGCGGACAGCGACGGCGAGCCCACGCAGCAGCAGCAUCUGCUACAGCAGCAGCAACAGCAGCAGCUGGCCACGCACAUUGUGGGCAUGCUGCCCAGCGGCCAGUUGGUGGCAGUGCCCUCUGCGGCUGUUGCUGCUGCCACCGCUGUAUCGCAGCCGGGCAACAACAAUCUGCAGCUGUGCACCGAGAAUCUGGUGUUGGCGCCGCCUCCUCAAUUCUGUGACUGCAAUGAUGCCAAGCAUGCACCGCAGUAUCAUCCACAGCAGCAACAGCAGCAACAGCAACUGCAGCAGCAACAGCAGCAACAACAGCAACAGCACCAGCAGCAACAGCAGCAACAACAGCAGCAGCAUCAGCGGCUGUCUGGUGGCGCUGGCGCUGGCGCAGUUGGCACCUUGGGGCGUGUGCGCAUUGUAGGCGCCAUGCCCAAGGCCAAUCACCAUAGACUGCACUAGAGCAGCCAUCGAUAACUUAUC